UAUGCCUAGCAAAACAGUUCUCGUUUUGACAACAUUUUACGGAGCACUAUUACUCACUGCAGUAUCUGCAAACGGUGGAUGCAAAACAAUUGCUUUCAAUGAAAAGAUUAAAGGCAAAGCUCUCAAAAACCACGUCUUCCAGACAAGAGAAUCAGGUAGCCAUCAAUUCUGUAGGGUACUUUGUUACCUAGACAACCGUUGCCUGUCAUAUAACUACGGUACAAGUGUUAAUGGAGACAAAGAAAUGUGUGAGCUGAAUGAAUCUGAUCAUGUUAUGCACGGCGAAGAUUUGACAGACAGACUAGAUACGGUAUACUUUAGAGUAGAGAAUGAUUGUAACUGCCCGAAGAACAAAAUAUGUCGGUACAAUUUUGUAGACAGCAGCCAUUACUGUGAAUGCAAGACGAAUUCGGCGCCAGGGACCCAGUGUAACGUCACUGAACCCUCAACUUGGUCCCCAAUUGGAUCUCCAACCGCAUCGCUAACUAAAGUCUCGACUGUAUCCACAACCGAAUCGCAAACAAUGACUGGAUCCCCAGGCGGAACAACAACUGCAUCCCCAGGCGGGCCAACGAAACAAAGUCCCACCACACAGUCAACAACACAGGCUCAAGCAACUACUGUCUCUUCCUCUGAUUGUGAACUACAGUUUGGUGCAGCUUCAAUACAUAACAUGAUCAAGAUCACUAACGCAUUUACUACGACUCUUCAGAUGUUCACUAUAUCAUUCUGGUUAAAAGUUCCAUCUUCCUCGCUAACCCUUUAUCCAUUUAGUUAUGCCACGAGUAGCGAGACAUCUGCCAUAAGCAUUGCGAUAAAAGAAGAUGGUGUCAUGGAGGUGGGCGCAAAUGGAGGAGGAAAGGGCAUUGAUUCGUUUCUUCAGAGAAACAAUGUUUGGCAGCACUUCGCAGUAACCUGGGAGUCUAGUAAUGGAAAUGUAAAGCUUUAUUACAAUGGCGGACAAAAAUCCAGUACGGAGUCAGGUAUGGCUCAAACAAAGAUAAUUCCUACAGGAGGUAUUUUGAUAGUAGGCCAGUACCAGGGAGAGCUAGCCGGCGGUUUCGACGAUACUAAAACGAUGCGGGGUAAUAUUGCUGGUCUAAAUUUUUGGUCUUCUGAAUUUACCGCAGAUCAGGUCACGGAACUUUAUAAACAAAGUUGUGGCGCUCCUUCAGGCGAUGCGCUGUCUUGGGUCAUGAUAUUGGCGGGAAAAAUAAGAGGAGAUUUGCAGAAAAUGUGCCCUACAACUUGUCGCUCCUGAAUGUAAAGAAAACUCGUGCAUAUUUCUAUGACAUCUAUUUCCUACCCUAAAACAGCCCCAACAUGUACUACAAUGCUAACUAGAAACGGAUUUUCCCUCGCGGAAUUGCUGAAAGUCCCCUUCACAGUUCCUAACCUCAUCCUGAAAGGUAACCAUGACUGUGCUUCGAAGUGAGAGGAACGGUGCAAUGAUGAUAGAGACGUGAAUAAUUGCCCAAGGAAUAAAAAAAGGUCUCUGCUUCGAUGCACAGGAACGGUUACCUUGAAGAUGGCGCAGGGAACUGUGAAGGGGACUAUAUUCGAACCCUCUAAAACUCUAGUUAGAGUACCGUGAUUAAAACUAUGGAG